GAGAAGCAGGCGGGGCGGCGCGCGGCGGAGCAAGCAGCCUAGCGCGCUCGCCCACCGCCCGCCCGGCGCAGCUCUCCGCGGCCGCUCCAGUCGCCGCUGCCGCCGCCGCCGCCGCCGGCGUGUCGGAAGGAGCCCAGGAUGGCCGGGCUGGGCUCGCAGCGCUGCGCGUCCCGGGGGGCCUCGGCGCUCCUAGCCGCCGCGCUCUUGUACGCCGCGCUGGGGGAUGUGGUGCGCUCGGAGCAGCAGAUCCCGCUCUCCGUGGUGAAGCUGUGGGCCUCCGCUUUUGGUGGGGAGAUAAAAUCCAUUGCUGCCAAGUACUCGGGUUCCCAGCUUCUGCAAAAGAAAUACAAAGAGUAUGAGAAAGAUGUUGCUAUUGAAGAAAUCGAUGGUCUCCAACUGGUGAAAAAGCUGGCUAAGAACAUGGAGGAAAUGUUUCACAAGAAGUCUGAGGCAGUGCGGCGGCUUGUGGAGGCUGCAGAAGAGGCACACCUGAAGCAUGAAUUUGAUGCUGACUUGCAGGGACUUGGUCAGAGUGACGGAACAGGACUGACAUGUUAUGAUGGAAGGCAUUAUGAAUACUUCAAUGCCGUGCUGAUCAAUGAAAGGGACAAAGACGGGAACUUUUUGGAACUGGGGAAAGAAUUCAUCUUAGCCCCCAACGACCACUUUAAUAAUUUGCCUGUGAACAUCAGUCUGAGUGAUGUCCAAGUGCCAACGAAUAUGUACAACAAAGAUCCUGCAAUUGUCAAUGGAGUCUACUGGUCUGAAUCCCUAAACAAAGUCUUUGUAGAUAACUUUGACCGGGAUCCAUCUCUCAUCUGGCAAUACUUUGGAAGUGCAAAGGGAUUUUUCAGGCAGUACCCAGGGAUUAAAUGGGAACCAGAUGAGAAUGGCGUCAUUGCCUUUGACUGCAGGAACAGAAAAUGGUACAUCCAGGCAGCAACUUCUCCCAAAGAUGUUGUCAUUUUAGUGGAUGUCAGUGGCAGCAUGAAAGGACUUCGCCUGACCAUUGCCAAGCAAACAGUCUCCUCGAUUCUGGACACUCUGGGCGACGAUGACUUCUUCAACAUCAUCACAUAUAAUGAGGAGCUUCACUACGUGGAACCCUGCCUGAAUGGAACCCUGGUACAAGCGGACAGGACCAACAAGGAGCACUUCAGGGAGCAUUUGGACAAACUUUUCGCCAAAGGAAUUGGAAUGCUGGAUAUCGCUCUGAACGAGGCCUUCAACAUACUCAGUGAUUUCAACCACACAGGACAAGGAAGCAUCUGCAGCCAGGCCAUCAUGCUCAUAACUGAUGGGGCGGUGGACACCUACGAUACCAUCUUUGCAAAAUACAAUUGGCCGGACCGAAAGGUUCGAAUCUUCACAUACCUCAUUGGACGGGAGGCUGCUUUCGCGGACAAUCUCAAGUGGAUGGCCUGUGCUAACAAAGGAUUUUUCACCCAGAUCUCCACCUUGGCUGAUGUGCAGGAAAAUGUCAUGGAAUACCUCCAUGUGCUCAGCCGACCCAAAGUCAUUGACCAGGAGCAUGAUGUGGUGUGGACAGAAGCAUACAUCGACAGCACUCUCCCUCAGGCUCAAAAGCUUGCUGAUGAUCAGGGCCUCGUCCUGAUGACCACAGUGGCCAUGCCUGUGUUUAGUAAGCAGAACGAAACUAGGUCAAAGGGCAUUCUUCUGGGUGUGGUUGGCACAGAUGUCCCAGUAAAAGAACUUCUGAAGACCAUCCCCAAAUACAAGUUAGGAAUUCAUGGUUACGCCUUCGCCAUCACGAAUAAUGGAUAUAUCUUGACGCACCCGGAGCUCAGGCCACUGUAUGAGGAAGGAAAAAAGCGGAGGAAACCUAACUACAGUAGUGUGGACCUCUCCGAAGUAGAGUGGGAAGACCGGGAUGAUGUGCUACGAAAUGCCAUGGUGAACCGGAAGACAGGGAAGUUCUCCAUGGAGGUGAAGAAGACCGUGGACAAAGGGAAACGGGUUUUGGUGAUGACAAAUGACUACUAUUAUACAGACAUCAAGGGUACUCCUUUCAGUUUAGGUGUGGCGCUCUCCAGGGGCCAUGGGAAAUACUUCUUCCGAGGGAAUGUAACCAUCGAAGAAGGCCUACAUGACUUAGAACAUCCUGAUGUGUCCUUGGCAGAUGAAUGGUCCUACUGCAACACUGACCUGCACCCAGAGCACCGCCAUCUGUCUCAACUGGAAGCUAUUAAGCUCUACCUCAAAGGCAAAGAGCCUCUACUUCAAUGUGACAAAGAACUGAUCCAAGAAGUCCUUUUUGAUGCUGUGGUGAGCGCCCCUAUCGAAGCCUAUUGGACCAGCCUGGCCCUCAACAAAUCUGAGAAUUCUGACAAGGGUGUGGAGGUCGCCUUCCUCGGCACUCGCACGGGCCUCUCAAGAAUCAACCUGUUCGUGGGGGCCGAACAGCUCACCAAUCAGGACUUUCUGAAGGCUGGAGACAAAGAAAACAUCUUUAAUGCAGAUCAUUUCCCUCUCUGGUACCGACGAGCUGCUGAACAGAUUCCAGGGAGCUUCGUCUACUCCAUCCCCUUCAGCACAGGAACAGUCAACAGAAGCACCGUGGUGACAGCAAGCACCUCCAUCCAGCUCCUAGACGAACGGAAAUCUCCCGUGGUGGCAGCUGUAGGCAUUCAGAUGAAACUUGAAUUCUUCCAGAGAAAGUUCUGGACUGCCAGCAGACAGUGUGCCUCCCUGGAUGGCAAAUGCUCCAUAAGCUGCGAUGAUGAGACUGUGAACUGCUACCUCAUAGACAAUAAUGGAUUCAUUCUGGUGUCUGAAGACUACACACAGACUGGAGAUUUUUUUGGUGAGGUGGAGGGAGCUGUGAUGAACAAGUUGUUAACAAUGGGCUCCUUUAAAAGAAUCACCCUGUACGACUACCAAGCCAUGUGUCGAGCCAACAAGGAGAGCAGCGACAGUGCCCACGGACUCCUGGAUCCCUAUAAGGCCCUCCUCUCUGCAGCCAAGUGGAUAAUGACGGAACUUGUCUUGUUCCUGGUGGAAUUUAACCUGUAUGGUUGGUGGUCCUCGGACAUGACCGCUGAAGCCCAGAAACUGAAACAGACCCUGGAGCCUUGUGAUACUGAAUACCCUGCCUUCGUUUCCGAACGCACCAUCAAGGAGACCACAGGGAACAUUGCUUGUGAAGACUGCUCCAAGUCCUUCGUCAUCCAGCAAAUCCCGAGCAGCAAUCUGUUCAUGGUGGUGGUGGACAGCAGCUGCCUCUGUGAGUCUGUAGCUCCUAUCACCAUGGCGCCCAUUGAAAUCAGGUAUAAUGAAUCCCUGAAGUGCGAACGGUUAAAGGCUCAGAAGAUCAGGCGGCGUCCGGAAUCCUGCCACGGUUUCCAUCCUGAGGAGAACGCAAGGGAGUGUGGGGGUGCAUCGAGUCUCCAGGCCCAGCUGGCCCUGCUGCUGCUCCCCCUGAUUUUGAGUCUCUUCUCGAGGUGACACUGACUACUGAGAUGUUCUUUUGGCAUGCUAUCAAUCAUGGAUAAACUGUGAACCCAAAUAUGGUGCGACAUAGAAGACAUAAGCAUAGGCCAGCCAUCAGCAUCUCCUGAUUUUAAACUGCGUGAUAGAAACUCUCACAGAUACAUUGACAAAAAGUUCUCUUUUUACUUUGCCAGUCAUGCAGAUGUGAGUUUGCCACAUGAUCACCCUUCAUCAGAAAUGGGGCUGUACUGGGUAGGCAGUAUCCCUUCUGCUUGGAAACCAUGGAAACCAAUUUAAAACUGUGUACUUUUUAAAUAAAGUAUAUUAAAAUCAUAA